GUCCGGCAGCCCCCGGGGGUCCUGCAGCCCACGCCGCCCCCCGAGGUGCUGGAGGGGGUGCUGAGCCGGCAGUUCGGGCCCCUGCCCCGCGCUGCCCCCAUCGCCCGCCUGCGCAGGGGGGCCCGCGGCGAGUACGAGCCCACCGGCGACCUGGCCGAGGUGCUGGAGCGGCGGCAGGCGGCCAAUGCCAAGGAGAGAGAGAGGAUCCGGAACCUGAACAGCGGCUUCUCCCGGCUCCGGACGUUGGUGCCGCUGGUGCCGCGGGACCGCAAGCCCAGCAAGGCCGACACGCUGCGGGCGGCAGCCCAGUACAUCCAACUGCUGAGGGGACUGCUCAGGGACUGCCAGCAGCUCGAUGCUGAUGCUGAGCAGCAGCUGGGGGACACUGGGGGGGUCCCACCGGGGGGGCCACCUGAGACUCGGCCUGGCAGUGCCCCCCCAUGUCCGUGGGGACCCCCUGUCCUGCCCCCCUGCCCUGGGGCGCUGCAGGAGAGCGGGGGGACGGUUUUUCCUGCCGUCCCCAAAAUUCCGGGGGGGCCCGCAGGGGACCCCCCCUACGGUCACGUUCAAGGCUCCAGAUCUCAUUCUUGGGGUCACAUUCCUGUCCCGGAGCCCUGCACCCCAUGAAGCCAGGACCCCAAAACGGGGUGCGGGGGGGGGCGUCCAUCACCCCUAAAACGCGGGGGGUAAGAGGGGUAGAGCUGUAAUUAAUUGCUCUAUGAAAUUGUAAUGAAUAAUCAUCUGCCUCUCCCCCCCAGGUGAGGGCUGAUUAGUGAUUGUUAAUAUAAAUCCCAAUUAAUUGCGUAAUAAAAGGAGGUCGCGGGGUGUCGGCGCUG